AUGACCUCAUACGUGAUAUCUGUCAAUCUCCAGGGGAGCAACGAGUCCUUUGAGUUGUUUGUGAGAGUUGAGUUGGAGGAUAGGUUAUUGACGGGAGCGUUUUUGAGCAAGGUGAUGGAGGAGGCGGAGAAGUUUGCCAUUCCUGUGAAGAAUGUGCUCAAGCACCACCGCGCACACAUCCUUGUCGAAACCGUCGGCGAUUCAUUCCUUGACUGGAAAGACUCAACGAUAACCAUGAGGCGUUUGCGGGAUGAAGGUGUUACGAUCAUGAUCUCGGAUCGGAAGGAGGGGUGCAUCUUGUGCGAAGAAAAUCUCGAUAUUGAACACCACCCUCUACUUCCCUCCGAAGACACGUUGUCGGGAGCACCUAUUGUACGAUCAACGAAUGAUGAUGACACUGACAAGAUCUUGAGUGUUUUGGAACAAGUCAAAUUCGGAGACAUCGUCGAUUUCUUGUGUGGGAAGAGAUCGAGACUGGGAAGGGAGGAGAGGGUUGCGUUAAAGGGUAUUGUAGAGAAACUCUACGACCUAGCUUCUAAAGCGACCCCGUUAAGUCGGCAAUGGUCCGAGUCGGACGUCAGCGUUGACGAGCUGAAGAAGGAGAUUGCGAAUUUGCAGUUUGAGAAGAAAGUUCUGAAAGAUGAUCUCGCAAAGUUGCAGGACCAACACAAUAAUGCUUCUCGGGCGCAGACAGAUGUGGACUCGCGAACACUGUGCGAAUUUCUAACCGCCCAGCUCGCUGUUCUUCAUGACGACACAACGGAGCCGUGCGACUUCACGACCGCAUCAUUUGUAAAAAUGAUGGACGGUAAUCCUGUGCUCGAUCCGAAUGGAAGUCCCAGAUACAACAGUAAAGAUGUGCUAUUGCAUGCUACUAUGACCAUCUUGCGAAAGGGAUUUACGAAAGUCAACUUGACUCUAUUCCAGCUCCUCAACCAAUACCGACAGCUUAACAACAACGCACACUACAACACUCCCGACUUAACUACAUCACUCCGUUCGACCACCCACUUCUGGUCGCGAACACCAAGCUCAACCGCGCUCUAG